GCAACACUUACCUCUUAUUAGUUUCUAGAGAUGAUAAGAGUGAUAUCUUCAAAACCAAUCCAUUCUCUAAUGCAAAAGCAGCACCAGAUUUGCGUAAAACCCACUUGAUUGCUCACCUUCCUCUCUCUCUCUCUCUCUCUCUCUCUCUCUCUCUCUCUCUCUCUCUCUCUCAUAUGACUUGAAGUUUAAGUAUGAUUCUUCUCUUCAAGCAUCAUAUAAACUCAAAACACCCACAUAUUCAGUAGUAUUCCCCUCAACUAUAUAAAUUCAUUCAGCUUCCAAACCACUGCUUGCUUUCUUGGCAUUAUUAUUUACUCCAGCUCGCUUCGGUUGCACAAACAGAACACAGUACCAGUACUGGUUUUAAUUUGGCUUCCUGAAGAACUGAUAGUCGUCGUCGUCACCGAUGGGCCGCCAGUCCUGCUGUGUCAAGCCAAAGCUAAGGAAAGGUUUAUGGUCCCCUGAAGAGGAUGAGAAGCUCUUCAAUUACAUCACCAGAUUUGGUGUUGGCUGCUGGAGCACUGUUCCUAAGCUUGCUGGUUUGCAGAGGUGUGGAAAGAGCUGUAGACUCAGAUGGAUAAACUACUUGAGACCAGACCUGAAGAGGGGAAUGUUUUCCCAGCAAGAGGAGGAUCUCAUCAUCAGUCUCCAUGAAGCUCUGGGUAAUAGUUUUUGGCUGGAAAAUUGCAGGUGGGCUCAAAUUGCAGCCCAGUUGCCAGGAAGAACAGACAACGAGAUAAAGAAUUUUUGGAACUCCUACUUAAAGAAGAAGCUAAUGAAACAAGGGAUAGAUCCGAACACCCACAAGCCGAUGAACGAUGGAGAAGAAGUGAUCCGACAUGAGAAGAAUUCUCCUGAAAAAUCCUCACUCAAAGGCCUUGCAAAUGCACCAGCAGCAGCAGCCUCAUCAGGUGAAAUGGAGCAAGCAUUUCAUGUUCCCAGUACAAAUUAUUAUGAUGCUGGACUGGCAGAGUCUUCAAGAGAGGAAUUUGCAAACAAACCCCUAUUAGAUCCUCUGUUUCUAUACGAAUUCCAAGGCAGCGUCGAUUCGAUGGGGCAGAAUUCGAGCAUUUUGGCACAGUACCAGCAAGCUUUGAGACCUUAUGAUCAGAACCAUCUUGCUGCAAAUCCCAGCUUCGGUUUCCCAGCAAUGCCUAAUCUAGCCAAUUUUGAUCCUGGCAACAUGGCUGAGAAGGAGCUUUCAGACAAUUCAACAUCAAGAAUGAGCUCAUUCUUGUUCGACGACGCCAAGCAAAGCUCGAGCAGCAGCUUCCAGAUGAGCAGUAUGGUGGAGAAUGCAGCAUUUUCAUGGCCAGUGUUUCAGUGUCAAUUCAGCGGCUUCAAAUCUGAAGAAGUCAAGCAAACUCCAUGGCCAGAGGGGCAGCUUCAUGCCCAUAAUUCAGAGGAUUUCAGUAGCUAUCCGUUGACGUCACUGUCAGAAGAUCCAACAGGGACAAGUAUGGAUGUUUUCCAGCCACUAUAAACUGUAAAUUCAUUCUUUUGAAAAGAAGAAGAAGAAGAAGAAGAAG